ACGUGAAGCCCAGGUGGCGACGGAGCUACGGCGAGAGAGGGAGAGAAGGAAGGGGAAACCGGAAGGGGUGCGAGUGAAGCAAGCGGGAGAAGACAGCUCUCGAGGGCGAGGGGUGCGCGUGCGCCUGCUCUUACCCUUAACAUAUCCCGCGGCCCUGCCGCACUCCCUCUCCGCCAGGUGACAGCUGGGCCUGAUCCGCCGCGCGCCGCCUGGGGCGCGAGGAGCGCGCUCCCUGCUCUCACGCGCGGCGCCGGCCGCCCCUCCCCCUCGUCCCGUCUGUCCUGUCCCGUCCCGUCGCGUCCCGUCCCGUCGGGUGCCCCCGGCCGGGUGCCGAUGCGAGUCGGCGGCAGCGGGGACACUUUCUGACUCCUGGUCACUGUAUCGGCUGCCCUUCCCUUCCCGUCGUGGGGCCGGCCGCUACCCGGCCCCAGGAUGCAGAAUGUGAUUAACACAGUGAAGGGAAAGGCACUGGAAGUGGCCGAGUACCUGACCCCGGUCCUCAAGGAAUCAAAGUUUAAGGAAACAGGUGUUAUCACCCCAGAAGAGUUUGUGGCAGCUGGAGAUCACUUAGUCCACCACUGUCCAACAUGGCAAUGGGCAACAGGGGAAGAAUUGAAAGUGAAGGCAUACCUGCCAACAGGCAAACAAUUUUUGGUCACCAAAAAUGUGCCAUGCUAUAAGCGGUGCAAGCAGAUGGAAUAUUCAGAUGAAUUGGAAGCUAUCAUUGAAGAAGAUGAUGGUGAUGGAGGAUGGGUAGAUACUUACCAUAACACAGGUAUUGGAGGAAUAACCGAAGCAGUUAAGGAGAUUACACUGGAAAGCAAGGACAGUAUAAAACUCCAAGAUUGUUCAGCAUUAUGUGAGGAGGAGGAAGAAGAAGAUGAAGGAGAAGCUGCAGAUAUGGAAGAAUAUGAAGAGAGUGGAUUGUUGGAAACAGAUGAGGCUACCCUAGACACAAGGAAAAUAGUAGAAGCUUGUAAAGCUAAAACUGAUGCCGGAGGUGAAGAUGCUAUUUUGCAAACCAGAACUUAUGACCUUUACAUCACUUAUGAUAAAUAUUACCAGACACCACGACUAUGGUUGUUUGGCUAUGAUGAGCAACGGCAGCCUUUAACAGUUGAGCACAUGUAUGAAGACAUCAGUCAAGAUCAUGUGAAGAAAACAGUGACCAUUGAAAAUCACCCUCAUCUCCCACCACCUCCUAUGUGUUCAGUUCACCCUUGCAGGCAUGCUGAGGUGAUGAAGAAAAUCAUUGAGACUGUUGCUGAAGGAGGGGGAGAACUUGGUGUUCAUAUGUAUCUUCUAAUUUUCUUGAAAUUUGUACAAGCUGUCAUUCCAACAAUAGAAUAUGACUACACAAGACACUUCACAAUGUAACGAAGAGAGCAUAGAAUCUAUCCUAAUUAUUGGUUCUGAUUUUUAAAGAAUUAACCCAUAGAUGUGACCAUUGACCAUAUUUACCAAUAUGUACAAUUUCUCUAAUAAAGAGACUUAUAUGUUUAUGCAUUAAAUAAAAAAAGUUCCACUACAGCCUUAUUUGUUUAAUAAAAGUGAGUGUAAAGAGA